CAGAUAAACCUAGUUUCAGUUUCAGAUUCCAGAUCAAUCAUCCAACAUGAAAAUAUUGGCUCUCGUCGCUCUUUUGGCUUGUGGUGCCUUCGCCGCAGGAGGACCUCAAUGUCAAGCUCCAAACGGUGGUGGUCUCCAACCUAUCUUGGAAGAAUUCAUCUCCAUGAGCCCAAUCCAAAAGAUUUUGGAACUCCUCUUCACUUCCAUGACCUCUGAUCCAGAAACCCAAGCCGUCAUGGAAUACUUGUCAUCAUUCGAAUUCCACCAAAUCCUCAUCAUGUUCCAAAAUCGCCCAGAAUUCAAAUCGCUUCUGGACUUCGCCUGUAACGAUUUAUACAUCGAUGUUGCCUACUACUUCAACGUGUUGGCCUUUAUUUUCGGAUUCCCAGAAGCCCGUGCUCACCCACGUGUCAUCGCCCGUGGUGGUGGAUUCCAUGGACUCUUGCGGGAAAUCCUUGAUCUGAUCCCACUCGAUGACCUCAAAGCCCUUUGGGAUGAAAAGUUGGCCACCGAUUGCUGUGUCCAAUUAACUUUCAAAAAGAUGAACUCUGACGAAUUCAGAUCUAUUGUUAACGCUCUCAAAGGCAAUGACGCCUACAUUGACAUGAAUGAACAUCUUCGUGGAUUGGGAGUUGACGUUGAUCUCAUCAUUGACACCAUUAACAGGAUCUUCCACUAAAUAACUGUACUUUUGUUAAUACUUAAUAAAUCAAAUGAAUUGUA